CAUAACUCCGAGCGAAUCGAGGAUACUGAGUCGUAGUUUGGAUUUAGCGAAUUUGUUAGUGGUGAGGGUCGUGGUGUUCGAUUUCAAGCGUGCAGGUGGCAGUCUGCUUGCUUACCGAGCUGAUUUUGUAGAUGACCUGAAGUGAACGGUGAAGUUGCUCAACUAGCAAUGUUGUGAUUUUUUUUGAAAUUUGCAUCUAUACUACCAAUCUAGAGCUGGUACCCAAUAACACCAUCACUCUUUGCCCCCUUCUAUCUAUACCAUCACACUUCCAAAAUCUUUCCAUCCAUACCACCAAAAUCACCUUCACCCCUCUCAGAAUGUUAACGUCGUUUAUUUGGUGCCAAAAUGCCCACCUGUUUGUCUCUCCUGUUUGUCGUUUUCUCUGCACCUCCACCUCCGUCGCUGCCGCCUCCAUUAUCUCCUGCUGUCGCCCACCAAUCAGACCACCGGCCACAAAUCGGAGCGCCGGCCCUUAUCCGACCGCCUCCCCCUACUCGAUUCAUCUCUGACCUGACGCCAAGCCGACGCCGCUCAGUCCAGCCAAUGACAGCCUUGUCUAUGCCCCCACCAUGCAGCCCACAUCGCCGGAUGCUUGCGAACAGAGGCGGCAAAGGGAAGAACUCACUGUGACCUUGGGAGGAUGGCGCCUGGCUGCGAGUGCAGAGGUCAAGAUUCCUCCCCAAAUGCAUCUGAGCAGUGGGUCAUAGAUGAAAUCGUUUAACUGCUGGACUCGAAUUCCUCAUCUACCUAGUUCUUUGAUGGUUGUUAAGCAUAAUUAAUUGGCCUAUCAAAAGUGCUCAAGAGAAAUCCAUGGAAAGAUCGACGGGUUAACUUGGUAUGGCUGCUGGCUUGCACGAGAACUUGGCAUUGGUGUGCUUGUGGAUCUCGUAGUGGGCGCGCCGCGUCUCGAGCGAGCGGCUCUCACGACUACCAUGGAGGCUGCUCUGGAGCUCGUCGCCUUCCCCACCGUCGAGCUCCUGACUUCCCCUUGCCCCGAGUGCUUCGCUGUGGCUGCAGUGGAGCUCGUCGGUGUUGAUGGCCACUCCGGCAGUAGUUCACAGGGGCAUUUUGGUCUCCAUGGCUCGUCCAAGCAAUGGAAGUGGACGGAAGCAAACAUAUGGUGGUAUGAACGAAAGAAAUUUGAAGAGGUAAUGGUAUAGAUGAAAGGGAGCAAAAGGUGAAAGAUAUGUUCUAUCAUGCAUUUGAUGGGUACAUGCAGUAUGCUUUCCCACUUGAUGAACUGCGACCUCUAAGUUGCCAAGGUGAAGACUCCCUUGGUGGUUAUGCACUUACUCUUAUAGACUCCUUGGAUACCUUGGCUUUACUGGGGGAUACGGAGAGAUUUGGUUUUGCUGUGGAGUGGGUUGGUAAGAAUGUCCGCUUUGAUAUUAACAAAACUGUCUCAGUUUUCGAAACCAACAUACGCAUCCUUGGGGGUUUGCUGUCAGCUCACUUGAUUGCAAGUGAUUAUGCUACCGGCAUGAGAAUCCAAUCUUAUGAUGAUCAGCUACUUCAUUUAGCUCUUGACUUAGCUCAGAGGUUGUUGCCUGCAUUUGACACUCCUACAGGUAUUCCAUUUGGAUCUGUUAAUUUAUUGUAUGGAGUUGAUGAAAAUGAAAGCAAGAUAACAUCAACAGCUGGUGGUGGUACUUUGACAUUGGAAUUCGGUGUCUUGAGUCGCUUGACUAAUAAUACUGUUUUUGAGCAAGUUGCAAAAAACUCAGUACGUGGAAUAUGGGCACGCAGGUCAAAACUCAACCUUGUUGGUGCCCAUAUAAAUGUCUUUACUGGUGAAUGGACACAGAAGGAUGCAGGAAUUGGCACAAGCAUUGAUUCAUUCUAUGAAUAUCUUCUAAAGGCACAUUUAUUGUUUGGAGAUGAAGAAUACUUGUAUAUGUUUCAACAGGCGUACAAGGCUGCCAUGCACUAUCUCCAUCACGAUCCUUGGUACGUGGAGGUAAAUAUGAAUUCUGGUGCUACUGUUUGGCCACUAUUCAAUAGUCUGCAGGCAUUCUGGCCAGGACUUCAGGUUUUAGCUGGAGAUGUUGAUCCUGCUAUUCGAACACAUGCUGCCUUCUUCAGCGUCUGGAAAAAAUAUGGAUUCACCCCAGAAGGGUUUAAUCUUGCUACAUCCACUGUUCAGAAUGGACAAAGGAGCUAUCCGCUACGGCCUGAGUUGAUUGAAAGCACAUAUUGGUUGUUCAAGGCUACCAGAGAUCAUAGGUACCUUGAUGUUGGGAGGGACAUACUAGCAAGCCUUCAAUAUGGUGCUAAAUGUCCUUGUGGCUACUGCCACAUAUCAGAUGUGGAAACCCACAAGCAGGAUGACCACAUGGAGAGUUUUUUCCUUGCAGAAACAGUCAAAUAUCUCUGGCUUCUUUUUGAUUUAGCUGCAGGCCCUGAUAACAUUGUUGAAAAUGGGCCAUAUAAAUAUAUAUUUAGUACAGAAGGUCAUUUGUUCCCGGUUACUCCUGAGAUAGCCUUGGUAGAUGAGCAUUGUUCGUAUUUUGGAGCAUUCUGUGAUGGCAGUGCGGGCCAUGGAUAUGGUACCAGUGCUAGUUCUACUAAGUAUCAAAAUGCAAACUAUACUCAAUUUGAUGGUAGUCGAACCCCUUCCAGUGAAUAUUCUGUCUCAGAUAUUUUGUUUACAACAAGAGGUUACAUCAAGGGAGUAUGUCCAAGAUUGACUCAUGCACAGAAACUUGGCAUAUCGUACUCUGAUGAAGAGGGUAACUUCAUAGAGCAGAAUUCUGAAAGUCAUGAGAAUCCAGAUGAAUCUGCUGUAGUAUCUAGUGUCCAAGCUCAGUCAAGUUCUCUUAUACUGAUCUCUCACCCAGUCGCGAGCCAAUCGGAUGAGGCUUUGAAAAGCAGGUCUAGAAGUCAAGAUCUUGCAAAUAUCGUGGCAACUGCUGAUUCUGAGUCCAUAAUGACUGAUUAUACUGGUGGCUCACUCGGAGGAAACACUAUAGAACUUACUGAGGACACGGGGAGCAUCUCUGAGCAGACAGAAGAUACUGAUGAAGAGAUUGCUCCUCAGGACUUUCAACAGAAUGAAGAUACCAGCUGACCCUUUAGUCCACAUAGGCACAAUUUUUUUCACUUAACUGCGGCAUCAUCAUGGUCAAACUUCAAAGCUCGCUGUAUUACACAAAAGAUGCGGAACAAGUUAGGAAGCAAGCAAUACUGAGCGUGGUCCAUCAGUUCCGCUUAACGAUUUGAAACCAAUCGUUGAGGUAUUUCCAUUCCUGAGUCGUUUACACUGACCUGCAGCUUCGACCCCCCAGAAUCGAUAUUUACCUUCAGUCCUGUUCUUUCUAUAGCAUGAUAGUAUGGGGUGAAUCAUUAUUUGUUCUUUUUGUAGUGAUUGCAUAGAUUCUUAUUCUCGAUCAAAUAGCGGAUGUAAAGUUUUGUACACUAGACUUCC